UAGCUAGCUACCUCUAACGCUCUAGCAAAGCUGGUCAAUUUUAAGUUUUUCGGUUGAGGUGUUUUCUUUACUGUCUACUGGUUUUUGUAGCUACUUGCUACUGUAAUCCGAGAUGACCACGUCGGAUGUUGCUCGGCAGGGGGACAAAAACGCCCAGCCCCUGACCUUGUCUGGCCAUGUGGGCUUUGACAGCCUUCCUCAUCAGCUAGUCAACAAAUCAACAUGCCAAGGUUUCUGCUUCAAUAUCCUUUGUAUUGGCGAAACAGGUAUUGGUAAGUCCACGCUAAUGGACACACUGUUCAACACAAACUUUGAGAACUUUGAGUCUUCUCACUUUGAGCCCAAGGUUAAGCUGCGAGCGCAGACCUAUGACUUGCAGGAGAGCAACGUGCGCCUCAAGUUGACCAUCGUCAACACAGUAGGAUUUGGUGAUCAAUUAAAUAAGGACAAGAGUUAUCAGCAUGUUGUGGACUACAUUGACACCCAGUUCGAGUCGUAUCUGCAAGAGGAGUUGAAAAUAAAGCGCUCCCUUCAUAACUACCACGACUCUCGCAUCCAUGCCUGUCUCUACUUCAUCGCCCCUUCAGGACAUUCCCUCAAGUCCCUGGACCUGGUGACCAUGAAGAAGCUGGACAGCAAGGUCAACAUCAUCCCUGUCAUCGCCAAAGCAGACACCAUCUCCAAGACCGAGCUCCACAAGUUUAAAAUCAAGAUCAUGAGCGAGUUGGUCAGUAAUGGUGUCCAGAUCUACCAGUUCCCCACGGAUGACGAGACCGUCUCCAAGAUCAACACCGCCAUGAACGGUAUUCUGCCUUUUGCUGUUGUGGGCAGCACAGAAGAGGUGAAGAUUGGCAAUAAAAUGGUGAAAGCGCGACAGUAUCCCUGGGGCGUGGUGCAAGUGGAGAAUGAGAACCACUGUGAUUUCGUGAAGCUCAGGGAGAUGCUGAUCUGUGUCAACAUGGAGGACCUGAGAGAACAGACACACACCAGGCACUACGAGCUCUAUCGCCGCUGUAAACUAGAGGAGAUGGGCUUCACAGACACUAACCCAGAGAGCAAGCCGGUCAGCCUGCAGGAGACUUAUGAAGCCAAGCGGCAGGAGUUCCUGGGGGAGCUGCAGCACAGAGAGGAGGAGAUGAGGCAGAUGUUUGUCCAGAGAGUCAAGGAGAAAGAGACUGAACUGAAGGAGGCAGAGAGGGAGUUGCAAGGUAAGUUUGAGCAGCUGAAGAGACUGCACUCCGAGGAGAAGAGCAAGCUCGACGAGAAGAGGAGAACUCUGGAGGAUGAGAUCAACACCUUCAGCAAGAAGAAGGCAGCCACCGAGUUGCUCCAAGGCCAGUCCUUCAAUGCUAACACCAACCUCAAGAAGGACAAAGACCGGAAAAACUCUGGGUUCAUGUGAAGAAAUAAUGAAUGGACAAAGACCACAUCGCAUCAGCCAGCCAAAUGAAACAAAUACCAAGAGGAGGACAUGCAACGACACAUUGUCAUUGUCUGCCUUAUUAACCAAAUCAAAUGUACCACUUUUUUAAAAUUGCACAUUAGUUUACCCUUUUAUAUUUUACUUUUACAGCUAGAGGGCGCCAAAAGAUAAGUUUGUUUUGGCUUGUCACUCAGUGGCAAAGGUACUUAAAGAUGGAAGAAUUUACAUAGGUCUCGUAGCAAGAGUUUUUAAGCGGUGACAUGGUUCAGUGUGCCAGUAGCUAAAUCAGCAUAACUUCAAAUGUCACAAUCUGAGAGUUAGACUGGGGAUCAUAUUUACUGGCACUGCCGAUACAAAAUAGUAACAGUGGACUUGGCACAUGAGGCAUCUGUGGUAAGCAGACAGGGGGCAGCCAUCUUUAUGCACCUUUGCUCUUGUACUUCACACUAAGGCUUGGAUUCAUUCAAACCCACCAUAGCAAUGGGGGGGGGGGUAGCCCUGGUAAUAGUUGUGGGUUUUCAUACUCUGCCUCAGAAGACUCUGUAACCCUUAUUUGACCAUUGGUAAAAGAGGUACUGCUUGAAUACUGGAAUGCAGAUUUGAAUGAAUUUGAGCCCUAAGUAAGCACAUUCAAUUGAGGUUGGUUGGCCAACACAGUGCCUUGUGAGACUUAGGAUAUCAUAUGUUAUUUUUAAUGGAAUAUCACAGUGCAUGCAAAACCCUCACUUGAACUUCUGCAGAUGGCAGAAUAUUAUCUCUGCAUGCGUUGUUUUGAAAUAUGCUAUUUCCUGAUUGGUGUGUAUUAUAUAACAUGCCAUUUAUUUUAUGCAUUAAUACUUGUCGUUUUCCGGGUAGAUUCCAUGUAAAUUUGCACCUAGCUAUUGUUCAGGGCCCAGUUUAUUUCCAUAAAUACACACGUGGAGUACAUUGUGUGUCCCAGCAUACAGUCAAUGGUUUCAAAGUAGCUAGCGACAUCUUGUGGUAGGACUCCGGUGCCUGCAAGGUAGAUUUUUGGUUGUUGGCCGGUGAAUGCUGUGUCCUUUAGUUGUAAUGGUUUAACUUGGCCUUAAUAUUUGGAAACCGCACCCAGGGAUAUGCUUUUUCAGUUUGUGUUAGUGGAAGAAUGCACUCUCGCAGCCUGGACCAGAGCAACGUUUAAAUGUACACGAUCAGCCAGGACCAGAACAACAUUUAAAUGUACAUGAUCAACCUGGACCAGAGCAACAUUCUACCCAUUGCACUUGUUACAUUCCCAUCGUUGUAGGUUCUUGCCAGCUCCGGCAAUGUUCAGAUAGAAACAUUGUACAAAUUUUGAAAUUUAAAGUUGAAAUCCCUUCUGCUUUGGGAUUGCGAUCCGCCACAUUUGAGGACAUUCUGCAACAGAAUAUGGCCAAAUGAGUCUUAAUCCCACUAAUUAUAACCCAGUGUGCUGCGUCAGGGUUGGCGAGAACCUGCUGGACAAUAGCGGCCCUGCACUACGAUAUUCUUUAAAUGCUUCUAGACACUCAUUUUAAACACUACUUCUAUGACUCUGUGCCUCGCUUAUCACAUACGCCUUCCUUGUAUGUUAUCCAAAUGGUUUUUGAAUGAGACAGGUGCCGAGUCGAGAAGACGUUUCGGAAGAGUGAAUCAGUGUAUUUUUGUUUUGCUUGAUAAUCAUUCUGAAUAGAACACUGCGUCAUAAAUGGUUCUGAUGUUGCAUAGAACCGUCAAGUGCCAGAGAUGUUUUCCUCCUCAGAGGGGAUCACUAUGAAAAGGAUUAUUCCCCGCCCAUAUAAUUAGUCCCACAAAUGUUGUGCCAUAUUUGUAUAUUCAUAGCCAUUUUACUUAACUUUUUUUUUUUUAAAGGAUUCCAGAUAGAGGUUUGUUGCUAGGUGUGGAAUAGAGUUUAUAUCACAAAUAAAACAUUGUCAUACAUA